UGGGCCGUUAAAAUUCUUCGCUAGCUCGCUGGUUUACGCGUUUCUUGAAUUUUCAGAAAUGUGUUUGAAAUGGAUAAAAUUGGUUUUAUUCGAAAAAGACUGAGUUGUUUUUAUAGUGAAAAGUUAUAUAGAAUGUGUUGUUAACAAUAUAGUAAUUAUUUGGUGUAGUGAUUUUUAUGAUUGAUGUAACGAACCAGUGUACGGCAAGAUGGACGAAUUGUCUAAGGGCAUGACACAAACAGGAAGCGCCGCUACAACUGACAAAAUUCAAGAAACCGAAGGCUCGACAACUUCGGUAGUGUACGUAAGCGAGCCGUGCUGGGAGUGCGAGCGCGUGCGGGCGGCGUGCGAGCGGCUGGGCGCGGUGGCGGCGGCGCCCGCGAUCGACGCGCUGCAGGCGCCGCCGCCGCCGCCCGCGCCGCCCUCCUACCUCGUCACCUCGCCCUUCGAAGGAGACCUCUUCGACGCCGCGCACAAAGCCAAAUACAGGGUGCUAGGUCCAACAGCCGUGCUACAGCUAGCCGAGCGAGAUGAGCCGCCGCCCACCAACUCUCGCCCGCUAUACUCCCUCGCUAUGCGCGGCGCCGUCAUAUGUUUCUCCGGCUUCAGAAAAAAGGAUGAACUUACGUACCUGAUAACGUUGAUCCACUACAUGGGCGGGUCAAUCCGCAAGGACAUGUCGAGCAAGGUGACGCACCUGAUCGCGGCCGCGGCCACCGGGGACAAGUACCGCUACGCCUCGGGCUUCGGCCUGCCCGUGCUCGCGCGCUCCUGGGUCGACGCCUGCUGGGACCGCCGCGAUGACCCCUCCUGUCUCGCCACUGAUGACGCUAUUAUUAAAGAGCACAAAUUGAAAGUGUUCGCGGGGUCGCGCGUGUGCUUCGUGGGCUUCCCGGAGGAUGAGACGCAGCACAUGGCCGAAGUGCUCGCCAGCAACGGAGGUGCCACCUGCCCCCUAGACGACCCAGACUGCACGCACGUCGUAAUGGCCAAUGGGGAGACUUUCGGUCGUUCGCUUAUCCUAUCACCCCAUCCGAGCACCCCCAACACAGUGAUGCCCGCCCGGGCGACUCCUAACCGAUCCCAAUCCACUCCUAAGAGCUCAUUAUACCGUAGAUUAUCGGCACGGCUCUCGGGCCGGCGAUCCACACCGCACAAAGAUACCACCGAUGGUAACGAAGAACUGUCCCACGAUGAGAGAGAACGGCGCUUACAAGUCGCCCGAAAUAAUAUCAGAAACAAAAAAGCCUCCAAAGACUUCGAAGACGACUUCGGUAUCAGCUAUUUUGAGAAGUCAAUCGGUGAAGAUAUAAGUCCAAACAACGAUAGCGAUAAGAGUAGCCCACAUGUUGAACAUGUCGAAUUACGCCACAAUAAAAGCAGUGACAAAGAAAAUAAAGACAUGUCCCAGUUUUUAUAUGGCACUGUCAGAUUGAAUGCUAAAGAUAAGAGAGAAGUAUUUAGAAAUAAAUCUAUGAACGUAUUUAAUAUAGUCGAUUGCCUCACAGAGGCAGGCUCUUUACAUUCGUCUUUGACAAAAAGUUUAUGCGAUCUCGAUUCUAAGGAUGAGCCGUCGUUUUUAUUGCCUACUUCCACUAUAAGUAAGGAGUUGCAGCAGUCUACUACCACAAUCUCGUCUGGAAAAAAGAGAAGUCGUAACUCUACCGAUUCUAAUUUCCAAGUGAGCACUGUCGACGCUAAUGUCUCACCUGACAAAGAGGACAGCCAUUGGAAAUCAAUCAAAAGGCUCAAGAUCAAGGAUUCGUUCAAGUUUAAAAAUAGGCCGACGAUAUUUAAAAGAACAAAGAAAGAUUCGGUCUCCAAAGCGGCGGGAGACAUCACCGUGGAGCCGGUCAGUCCGGAGAGCGUGAAGCCGACCGACCCCGCCGGCGAGUACGUCGCCUCCACAUCCUCGCCGAUCAGAGAGGACGAUAAUACCUCUAUCUGCUCUAUGAACACGAGCAAACAAUCUGGGUUUUUCGACAUAUCUUUUGCGUCGAUUCGAAGCUCAAAAACUGUGAAAUCCGCCUCAAAACUGCGAAGAAGCGUCAAAUCAUUCACCGCAUCAUUUAGAAGCGAACGCAAAAAGAAAUACGAAAAACGUGCUGACAGGAACACGGUAGAGGUGAGCGCGUGCCACCUGCCCUCGGAACUGAAAAAUAUGUCCACGCCAAAGACAGAGCUUGACGAGAUGAAUCUGGACAUCUCGCCCGUGCAGGUGGACACCGUGGACAGCACCGGAGUGACGACGCCGCUCAAACACUACCACGACGUAGAUGAGCUGGACGACUCUACGGUGUUCAAAACCCCCCAGAGCGUCCCUGUGCUCGGACGACGUCCCCCCUUGUGCUCGCUCCCCGCCCCGCCCUCCCCCGGCCGCCGCCGCGCCGCGCCGCCGCCCGCCGCCACGCCCCCCACCCGCGACGCCCGCGCCAUAUCGCAAUGCCAUGGAAUAUCGCUGCCGGUCGUCGACGAGCACAACACGGUUGUAGCGCCCGAAUGCUCGGCGCGUGUACACGUCGUCAAAGCCGAGUGGUUCUGGGCUUCCGUGCAAAAUGAGGAGGCUCAGGACGAGAGAGAUUACUUAUUUAAAGACUACCUAGAUGAACUGUCGAGGCGAUCGUCUGUCGGCGGAGCGGGCGCGGGUGCGGGCGGUCAAGAGGAGGCGGGCGGCGCGGGCGCGGCGGCGGCGGCGGGCGGCGCCACGCCCGCGGCGCAGCGGCUGCGCAAGCGCAAGCUGCGCGGCGGAGACUCUGCGCUGGGCAAGCGCCGCUCCUCCGUCGGAGACGCCGUGCUGCUCAGCCUGUCCGGCAACUUGCUGGACUGCACGCCCUCACCCGACGGCAAGCAGCUGUUAGAAGAAUCGGAAGUCCCCGACAAUGUGGUCCGAAAACUAAUGUCCCCUCGGCAACAAGUCUUUAUGGAACUUUUACAGACAGAGUCCAAUUAUGUUGGGAUUUUGCACACAAUAGUCAAUAUGUUCAAACAACCCUUAGAAGAAAUGGCUGAAGACGACUACGGGAACGGCAAAAAUCAAGCAUUGCUCAAUAAUACGGAACUCAAAAUUAUAUUUGGAAACUUACCGCCUAUUUAUGAACUGCACCAGCGUAUGUUGGAGGAGCUCCGAUACACCCAGUCGCACUGGAGCGAGGAGGUGAGCAUCGGCCGGCUGGUGCUCAAGUACACGCCCGACAUGGUGAAGGCGUACCCGCCCUUCGUCAACUUCUUCGAGAACACCAAGGAAAUGCUGCAGCAGUGCGAUCGUGAGAACCCCAGAUUUCAUGCAUUCCUGAAAAUCUGCCAGACCAAGCCAGAGUGCGGCAGACAAAGCUUACAGGAACUCCUAAUAAGACCGGUGCAACGACUGCCCAGUAUCAGUUUAUUACUCGAUGAUAUACUAAAACACACGCACAAAAACAACCCGGACCACGGCGCGUUGGUGUCGGCGCUGGCGGGGCUGCGCGAGGUGAUGUCGCACAUCAACGAGGACAAGCGCAAGACCGAAGGACAGCUGCAGAUGUUCGACAUCUACAACGACAUCGAUCAGUGCCCGGCACACCUGGUAUCGUCGCAUCGAUCGUUCGUGUCCCGCUGCGAAGUGGUGGAGCUGUCCAAAGAACUGUCCGGCCGCGGAGAUCACCUCGUGCUGUUCCUCUUCACCGACACCAUGGAAGUAUGCAAGAAAAGGUCCAAAGCAUUCAACAGUAAAAGCCCAACGAACGGCACGGGCACGAUGCGGAUAGGGUCUAGCAAGCCAUACAGACACAUAUCGCUCAUGCCACUCAGCACCGUCAAACGCGUCGUCGAUAUCAGAGAGGCUGAAGAUUGCCACAACGUGUUCGCGCUGAUGUGCCGCAGCAAUCAGGAGCUGAAGGAGAAGCUGUACUCGUUCAUGAUCACGGACGAGACGGUGGACAAGUCGCACUUCCUCCGCCAGCUGUGCCGGCAGAUGGCCAACACUGUCUGCAAAGCUGACGCAGACAAAUUCCUGGCGUGUCUUGAGUCGCAUCAGCUCGACAUCGACACGAGCGAUCUCGCGCUCAGCACGCUUUCUAAAGUGUCCAAAUUCGCAGCCCGCACCAGAAUUAAGCUGGAGGCGCUGGCCGGGCUCGGCGGAUGGCUGCGAGCGGACCCCGCGGGCGGGCUACUAGACACAUGGGUAUUGCGCGCUCACUUACUCGCACAGGUGGGUCGCGCGCUGUCAUUCAACAAAACACCGUCGAAGCUAAAGCGUGCCAUGUCUUCGAUGAUCUCUCCCUUCGGCUCUACCUCGAACCUUACGCCAGCUUCACAACUCGCGCAGAUGCGGCUCGCUUCGUGCAACAAUAUCAAUGAGAUGGGCACGAGCGGCGGCAGCGGCGAGGGCGCGGGCGGGUCGGUGCUGGUGGCGCCGCUGUCGGUGCAGCCCACACGCAAGGCGGCGGGCGCGGGCGCGGCGGCGGCGCUGCGCCGCUUCUGACGCCGCACCGCGCGCCGCGCGCCGCGCCUGUCCCACGCACUAGUCACACUCGCGUCCGACGCAUCGCCGCACACGCAACGACUACAAUCAGCCAAAGUUUAAUUCGCGAACGAAAAGACGUUCUGUAUAAUUACCUAUCGACAGUGACAUAUCAGACCCGUGAUUCGAAUAGACAGCUUAAAGUUAUUGUUACGAUUCGAUUUAUCGGUUGUUCAAAUAACUCUGUUCUAAAAAUACGAAUAAGGACCAGGGAUGUGGCAAUUAAAUGUAAUUUAUUUGUUUACGUAAUGUUAUUGGGCGUGGCCGAAUUGAAUGAGUGCUAGGAGUGCCUUCUAUUGAACGGAUUGAAUUAUUGUGCAGGUUUGAUGAGUUUUCGAUAGUAUUAUAAUGUAACAUUACGUUCGAUGGCCUAUGGUAUUAAAAUCGAAUACUAGUUAGUAAAUAAAAGAUAUUCAAUCAGUGCUGCAAUUAAUGUCGACUACUCAAUUUUUACGAAUCUUCAAAAUAACGUAUUUUUGUGUAAUAUAUUCGUUGAUGGUGAUUAUGUUGACUGUAAAAUAUAUUUGUUUACCUACGUAGAAUGAGAAAGGUCCCAGUGAGUGAAUCCUUGUGACGGUUUAUUGUACAUUUUAGCAACAGUGACUCUGAAACAACUCCAUAAAAUAUACUUCGACUUAAGCUGUAUGUCACAUGGAAAUAAUGAUAUUACUGAGAUUUAGUCGUGUAAAUAAUAUGUACAUAUUGUGAUAUUUUAAUUUAAUCGUGGAAUAGGCGUUGUAGGUUAAUGUAGUGAUGUAUUUGAUAUUGACAUUAUCAGUCUGCUGUUGAUUUAAAGCGUUCCUAAUAUCUGCCUCGACGCUUCUUAUGAAUGGUUAGUUAGUUGAAUGCCUAAUUGUCAAAUAUGGGCUAGCGUGGUACACGUGCACCGGCGUAGCGUUUGGUGUAAUGUAAAUAGCGUGAAACCGAGAUGUCCGUAUACACAACAGGACCCUUCGUCUGAUUCGAUCGACAACCAGAGUUUCACUUUCGUAAUAUUUAGUACCUUCCGAGUAGUGUAAGAAAAAUAAUAGUACCUUUACAGUUAAACAAAAAACUUGAAUUAAUUUCCAGCAGGACCCUCCGUGGUUUGAAGGUCUUCAGACCAUUGGUGUAUAUCCCUGUAUAGCGGUGCAUUAGUACCUUCAGAUUAUCUUCGUUUUCUUUUAAAACAAAUAUUAGUUUAUAAGAAAUAAAUCUACAAAAUUUUUAUACUGCCAGCAGGACCCUUUUUUGUUUUGGUGCUUUCAGUCCAGACAUUCAUAUUUCCUAGCAGCAGUAUAUUAGUACUUUUCAAAAAAAUAUCGCUUAAUUAAAAAAAAAUGUAUUAAAAAGUAAUAAGACUGAUUCUUUAUCAGAGAAAAUAUUCUAACACUUUUAUUUAUGUGAUGCAACCAAUGAAAUAAAAAUCAGUUUUCAUGUUAUAUUAGGUAGGUACGUAGUUUAAUAUCGUCAAAAAGGAAAACACAAUGAAAAUUAUAACAAAAAAUAAAUUAUAUUUACAAAAAUUUACAUUAGGAAUUAUCAAUCAAAAUUACAAUUACCAAUCAAAAUUACAAUUACCAAUAGAAAUUAAAUUAGAAAAUAGCUUCUUUUUUCUAACCAUUAUUAGCACAAAAAUAUUUUAAAUAACCUGAACGACAAUACGUAACUGCACAAAUGAACCUCUGUUACUAAUAUGCGAUAUGACACUACGAAAUCGGUUAUUUUUUUUCAUCUACCCUCAAUUUUGUAAAUUAUUGAAUUAUAUGUUCUUCGACGAUUAAACUACGUACCUACCUAAAAUAACAUGAAAACUAAAUUUUUAUUUAAUUGGUUGCAUCACAUAAAUAAAACAAUAAUAGGUAAAGUAAACUCCGGGAAUAGAAGUAACGUUAUGCUAUUUAGAAUAUUUUCCCUGAUAAUGAAUCAGAGUCUUAUUACUAUUACUUUAUACUACUCAUUUUUUAACGAAGCGAUAUUUUUUUGAAAAGUACUAAUAUAUUGCUGCUAGGAAAUAUGACUGUCUAGACUGAGAGCACCAAAACAAAAAAGGGUCCUGCUGGCAGUAUAAAAAUUUUGUAGAUUUAUUUCUUAUAAACUAAUAUUUGUUUUAAAAGAAAACGAAGAUAAUCUGAAGGUACUAAUGCACCGCUAUACAGGGAUAUACACCAAUGGUCUGAAGACCUUCAAACCACGGAGGGUCCUGCUGGAAAUUAAUUCAAGUUUUUUGUUUAACUGUAAAGGUACUAUUAUUUUUCUUACACUACUCGGAAGGUACUAAAUAUUACGAAAGUGAAACUCUGGUUGUCGAUCGAAUCAGACGAAGGGUCCUGUUGUGUAUACGGACAUGAAACCGAGUGUUGUACUGCCGAUAAUGCCCUGAUAUGUAUCGUCAUUAUGGUUAUGCGAGUCUCACUAAAGGCUACAUCAUACCAACAAUCAUCAGUGUACCGCAUAUAAAAUGCAUUGUACAAAGAUUAUAUUUAUAAAAUAUUUUUAAAUGAUUGAUAAAAUAAAAAUUUAUUUUGAA